GGUCUUCGGGCUUUGUGGGUAGCGGCCAUCAUGAAAGAGUCUGGAAACAGAGCGAGGGUAGGAGAGAGAAUUCGGAAAGUUAAGCGGAGAGGGUAUUUCAGUCGGUAACCGUACGUGGAGCGAGGCUGGUGACAGGCAGCGGUUAAAGCUUUCGCCUUGGCUGAAUUCGAAGGGUCUGUGGAGUGGCGGAAACCGGUAAACUGUGGAUUCAGUGUCAAGGAACUGCGCUGCUAAUACGCAUACAGGCCCGAGCUGCCACAAAGGGACUGUUUUUUAUAUAUAUAUAUAAGGGCCAGCAUUGCGCUUUAUCUGGGCUGCUUGAGACACAUGUAAAAAUGGACUUCUAGUCAUUUGAAAUAGGUGAUGUACAUGACAGGGAUCUAGUGAUUACUUCCAGAAGUUCAAGUUGGACAAAUAAAAAGAUGGAAGAAUGCAAAUGAUCAUUCAAUGUGCUGAUCCAAGUUCUGCACCAUAAUGGAGGAGAAGUCGCACUGGAUCAACAUGAUUUAGCAAAACAAUCCCACUGAAGAAUGAAUAUUGAAGACAAACUUGAUCGAAUUUUUCUUAAAUGCAGCAGUAUAAAUGAAAUGCAGUCUUCCAGACCGCAGGUUGUGGUGGGCAGCAUUUCUGAUCAGCCUUCUGUACAUAUAGGAGCACAGGAAACAGUUUUGGAAGAGAGGGAGAUCUCUCAUGAAGAAAUUCUCCAACAAGAAACUGUUUUACAGGAAAGUGCUCUCCCCCAGGAAGAACUUAUUUCACACGAUGAACUAAUGAUCCACGAAGAGACUGUUAAAAAUGAUGAUGAUGAACAUGAUGGCCAUGAAAGGCUCCCUCAGGAGUUAACGUACGAGUUAAAUGUAAACGUAAAGCAGGAAAUCCAAUAUGCUGAAGAAGGUGGACAACUGAAGAAAGAUAAAGGGCAACAAAAAGAACCAAUAGAUUUGCAAAAGAAAAAGAAAAGGAAGCAGCGAUCUCCUUCAAAGAUUCUAACAAUAAACGAAGAUGGAUCACUGGGACUAAAAUGUCUGAAAUCUCAUAUCUGUGAGCACUGUAAUGCCGCUUUCCGUACCAACUACCAUUUACAAAGGCAUGUUUUCAUUCAUACAGGUGAAAAGCCGUAUCAAUGCAGUCAAUGUAGCAUGCGUUUUAUUCAGAAGUACUUGCUGCAAAGACACGAGAAGAUUCAUACUGGCGAAAAACCCUUUCAAUGUGAUGAAUGUGACAUGAGGUUUAUACAGAAAUAUCAUAUGGAGAGGCAUAAGCGAACUCACAGUGGAGAGAAACCAUAUCAGUGUGAAUACUGCCACCAGUAUUUCUCCAGAACUGACCGUGUAUUAAAACAUAAACGGAUGUGCCAUGAAAACAGAGAUAAAAAACUGAAGUGUGCUUUGAAGAUGAGUGAUGUGGGAGGAAAUGAGGAUGAUCCAAAUGCUGCUUUGCUACACAAAGAUAAUCCGAUACCGCGGAAAAAGAAACAGAAAACAGGGGAGAAAUCAAGAUCCACUGGCCCUCUCUCUGAAAAAGAGUGCACCUUGGAUAAGCUUGACCAGAAGAAAGAUGAAAAUGACAGUGAUUAUCCAUCGCUGUAUAGUAUUGCUUCAAAAGUGAAAGAUGAAUAUAUGGUGACUGAAUACUCUGUUGAAAUACCACAUUCAUCCAAUAGUGGCAACCCUUUGGAAAGUACAUCUGGAGAUAUCCAUCCACCAAAACUGGUCAUCAAAAAAGUGAGCAGUAAAAGGAGUCAGAAACUCCAGUUGGAACCAAGCCAGGCAAUGCCUGCUUUAUCCACUUAUGAAGAAAAUAAAGUUACUAAAUAUACUUAUGAACUUAUUGGUAAACCAGGUCUGCUGGAUUCUGAAGGAAACCAUGACAUUGAUCAGGUUGACUCAUUACAGGAAGUUCCCAGCAAACCUGUGCAUAGCAGUAACAACUAUGAUGAUGCAAUGCAGUUUCUGAAGAAGAAGCGUUACCUGCAAGCAGCAAGUAAUAACAGCAGAGAGUAUGCCCUGAAUGUAGGCCAGAUAGCAUCACAGCCAUCUGUGACCCAAGCCGCUGUAGCGAGUGUCAUUGAUGAAAGUACAGCAGCAUCUAUGUUGGACUCUCAGUCACUAAGUGUUGAAAUAAAGAACAGUCAUGACAAAAGUGGGAUCCCUGAUGAGGUACUGCAGACUCUGCUAGAGCAUUAUUCUCACAAGGCAAAUGGACAACAUGAAAUGCCUUUUAGUGUUGCUGAUACAGAAGUGGCCUCAAGUAUGUCGAUUAACACUUCAGAUGUAGCUGAGGUUGCACAGCCCGAGAGAGUUGGUGCAAGUUCUCAGUCAGCCUCUUCGGACAAAGCCAGUAUGCUUCAUGAAUACUCAAAAUUUCUCCAGCAAGCUUUGGAAAGAACAAGCCAGAAUGAUGCAUAUUUACCCAGCCAGAACCUUGCUUUUGGACCUGAAACCCCAAACCUCACGAGUCAACCAUUAUUUUCUUCCAUGGCCUCAAUGACUAUGCAGCGUGGCUUUAGAACGAGCAUGAAUUCACCCCUGCGACCUUCUUCUGAGAAGUCCCAUUAUGGUUUAAUGGUCGGUGAGUCGCAGCACACCUUUUCUUUUUCAAAUGAAGAGGCAAAUCAUAAUUCUGUUUCAGCACAAGAGUUCUUGGAUCAAAUGACUUCUCAGAAGAAGGUGGAAGCUCAGCCAGUUCACCAGGCUUAUCAAAUAGGCACAUUUGAACAAACAUUCAGAUCUCAGUACCAGACUGCAAGGUCUGGUAUAAAUCCCCCAUAUAGUGCCUCCAAUGGACAAGUAAACCUGAGGGUGCGUGGAACUAGUGCAGAGUUUUCAGAGUUUCCAUUAGUGAGUGUACCGGAGGGAAGAGCUCAAAUGACUGCUUCACCAGAUGCCACAGCCAGUCAAGCCUUUGGAUAGCAGGAACUCUAAUCUUUGUUUUUAAAAAAAGAAAGUGGGCUAGCACUUCAAAUUGACAAUUCUUGUAUUAUGUGCUGCUCUGUAUAGGAUGGAGUGCAGUAUAAUCAGUAGUUAAUGCAGUUUUGGUUCAGUUUAACGCAUUCAUAUAGAAGCCUUGAAUAAGGCCCCUUGAAUACCAAAACCCAAUUGUGCUGCAGUGCAACAUUGUUAAAAACGUUUUCUUUGCAAAUUUCAGCCAUGCAUAGCAUGUCGCAGGUUAUUGUGUUGUGGCAGGGCUUUAACUGUUGUUUAACACUGCUGCUAUGCCUCACCUUGUAACAUGCCCCGAAAUAUUUUGGCACUUUUGAAGAAAAAAAAAUAA